GAAAGAGAGAAAAAGUAGUGAAAAACUGAAGAAAGAAAAAUAUCUUCACUGCUUAAUUCGCGUAAUUCUUCUAUCGCCGAUCACCACUGCCGUAACCGUUGCCAUCACCGACAGCCGCCGUCCAUCAACCUACUCCUUGGAUCAGACUUCGUUUCCGUCCAAUUUGCCUCAGAUCCGCAUCGCUGUCAUCAUUUUUUGUCUCAAAUCUAGGUCGCCAAGGUCUUCCAGCCACCGUUGAUGCUCUUGUCGCAACACCAUACCUCCGCCUUGCACCGCUGCCGUUAUUGCAGAGUCAAAAAGUGCAAAGCGCAGAAACGAGUGCGUAGUGAGUUGAGUUCAUCACAGUGAUGAGCUUCAUCUUCGAUUCUCAAUCAGAUUCAAAUUUCAAAGCAUAUUCUUACCUGCAUAUUGCAUAGGUUAGUGAGCUUUUUCUUUUUCUUUAAGCUUUCUGCACUUUUGAUGAUUCAUGUGUAUUUGUCUCCCUUACCUAUUCGAUGAAAUUCCUCAUUCACACUCUGCAUUACCAACUUCUAUGCAUUCUAAAAUCUCACCACAAAUGAUUAACAAGUAACAAAUUCGUCUCUUACCAGAUAUUAAAAAAUAGAUAUAUUACUAUUACUUUAUUUUUAAUACUGUUAUUAUUGUAUUAUUCACAUGAUAGAUUGAGCUGAAUCGAUUGACUACAGGUAGAAAUAAAGCUAUAUUAUUGCUAAUGUUCACAUGAAUUUUGUAAUCUUUGAAGCUACCAGUUGUAUUUUACAGUAAGAUUAUAACACACGAUUUUCAUUUAGCUUUCUCAGCUUUGCUACAAUUUUUCAUAGUCCAAAAUCUAGAUCCCUCAGCUCUCUUUUGAGGUGGACCUAAUUUUUGGAGCUAUUUCAGUUGUUAUUGGGAUUUUUUGUGACUAAUGACGAUUUUAGUAUCAAUAUCGGUAACGUCGAUGCAGUUGAUCCUGUAAGUAUGAAACAUUCAAAAUUUUAUUCUAAGAGAUAAGAUUUGUUAUUUUCUUGGUGAAACUAUAUUUUGUAAUUUCAUUUUGGUGAGAUUUGUACAACAUGUUAAAUAAAUCAGAAAAUCAAUUUGCACUUCAGAGGAGGAAGAAUUUUUGUUGCUGUGAUUGAAGACUUGCUUGCAAAAGGAAUGAGAAAUGCUCAAAAUGUAAUCGAUAUUGGUGAUUUGUGAGUAACUUCAAUAUAGAAUGUUUUUCUUUUUUAACAUUAGUGAUAUGCUCCAGCUUUGGAAUCUUAUGCCUAUCACAAGAGGAAUACUUUGUCUGCAUGAUAUAAGUUUAAGUUUAAGUACUUUGUCUAUCACAAUUUUAUUCUAAUAUUAAUGUGUUUGUCAUGCACGGUCUGGCAAUUGAAUUUACUCAUGAACAUUUAAAGUUUUGCCUUUUUUGAUUUGGCUUGUCAUAAUAUAGGUUUAAGUUCAAGUACUUGUAAAAAUGCUAUCAGCUAGAUCUAAAUUUGCAAAUUAAUUUAAUUUAAUUGGUUUUAUUAGGUGUUUCAUUAUGAUAAAGAAUGGUUAGCCAUAACAAGGAGGUUUAACUCUAUAUUCCCGUUGACACCCAGAGGUGCAGAUUUCAGAUGUGUGCAUUAUAGAAACCUUAAAUAACACAUAUAAUUUGAGUGCUCAUUUAAAAUCAUAUUUGUCCUGCCGUUCCCCCUCCCCUCCUACCAAAGUUUAAAAAACUAAUAAUUUCUAUUUGCAUUGGUGACAGAGGUGUGAAUCUUGAGAUGGAUGAUUGUUGCCAAUGGGUUAGAAACAGGUUACAACAAAGAGGGUGCAAAUCUUUUGAAUUUGUUAAAACUGCUCUGUGUUAUGAUCCUUCUCAAUCCAAUUUUCAUGGUUCUUUUGCUUGUAUUUCUUUGUUUUCCAUUGUAAACUCCAAAUUAACUAUAGUUCACCUUGAUCUUUGGUUAAAGAUGAUAUUCUAAUAUCAUUUAUUCUUUCUGCAAGUUGUCCUCGGAAUCCUCAAACAGAAUCUCUUUUACAUUUUCUUGACCUUCCAUACCUCCUUGAUAAGAAUCCUGAACCAACUGACUUGUCACCUUAUCCUUCUUGCUCCAUUGGAAGAGAAUGGUUGAAACUAGAACGGCGUCUCCGAUGGCGGAGGCUGAUAUAACAGCAAUGAAGGAAACACACCGAACCCAACAAACUCCUCUGCAGCAGCUACAUGCAGAGUUGGAUCAGGAAAAAGAAGCCUCUGCUACUGCAGCCAGCGAAUCUAUGGACAUGAUACUUCGUCUACAAAACGAAAAGGCUGCCGUGAAGAUGGAGGCAAGUCACUAUAAGAGAAUGGCAGAGGAGAAGAUAGGUCAUGCUGAGAAAACUCUUGAAGUCUUUGAAGAGCUUAUGUAUCAGAAGGAGAUGGAAACCACUGCUCUUGAGGUCCAUGUCUUGGCUUACAAACAGAAGCUUCUGGCAUUGGGAGUAGAUAUCAAUAUCAAUGAGCUUGAAUUCCCUCAUGAUCUUCUUCUUAAUAGAAGUGAACAAAAUGGAGAAGAUGAUCAAAGUAGCUCUAAGAGAAGGUUGCUAUCAUUACCCCUAUUUGCUCUAUGAGGUGCAACUUUAGAUCAUUGCUAACACUCAUAUUGCUACAUUGAUACAACAUAGUUAUAGGCUUGUAGCAUUUUUUGUUGUUUAGAUUUGUAAUAUGAUUUAUUACUUUUCAAAAGAAAUUUGUGAAUUAAUAUUUUGAGUUUAAUAAAAAAUCUC